ACAAAAAACUAAGAAGCCCCUGAAAGCUCUCUCCCAUCUUCCCACAGCAGCCAAUUGGCCCUUCCCCAUUAUUCAACAGCAGCAGUAACAACAACCAGCAGCCAUCUCUACAUUAAUUCCUUUAAUUCUAAGCCUAAUACCACACGUUUCAUUUUGAGGUUCAUGAUCAAAACCUUAGCGCCAAUCCCAGUCUUGUUUUAAUUAGCCGCCUCUUCGUGUGGAGCACUUCGAGCUCGUCCAAGGAAGCUGCAGCCUUGUCCAUGGCCAGUCCGGCGGUUCAUCAAGAGCCAUCCAGGAUGUUUUGGUUGACAGAGGAGGAGGAAGUUCGGCGGACAGCAGAAGAGAGAAGAGCUUGAAAGAGAGGUCUCUGUGCUUCGCAAAAUGCUAGAUCAUGAACAAAAGGUUCAAGAAACAUUACAGCGCUUAAAUCAUCAAGACCAAACCAGAAGCUUACCUAUUCCACACUUCCUUCCUCCAAAGGUAAAGGAGCUCCUAGCAGAGUUGGACAUGGUUGAGGGAGAGAUAGCUCGACUGGAAGCCCAAAUCCGGCAGCUUCAAACCGAUUUGAGCCAUGAAAAGGAAGUCACGAAGGACUACAAACUCAAGCAAUAUUUGCACCAUGCAACCAUCAAAAACCCAGCCGGAUAUUCGCCGCUUCCAUCGUAUAAUUCCCACUCUGCAACCAAAGCGGCGGCCGCCACCGCCACCGCCACUGGAAGGAUGCAGUUCGAGACCAAGGCUUUGCAUUUCAUAAGCAAAGCAAUAAAGGGCGAUUACAACCUCAACGACUUCAACGUAAAUAUUGAGAAACCAAGAGUUAUCUCCGAUCACAAGGAAAGCAAUAAUUUCCGCGACGACGAGCUCGCAUUUCAAGACCAGAAGGUUCCCAAGAAAAGCGGGAUCCUGAAACCCGCCUCCCCCUUGCGGGAACCCAGUAGAAAUCCAACUCCAAUUCCAAGGAGAGAACGCAACGUAGAGUUCGCCAUAGACUUCCCGCCAAAAUCUGCAACCAAUACAGCUCCCUCAGAAGAAGAGAGCAUCCAGAAGUGGCCCCCCAACAAGCUGGCCGAGAAUAUCAUGAAGUGUCUGAUCUUCAUCUUCGUGCGGCUGCUUCGGACAUCAAGAGCCAUGGAGCUGGAGAAAUCGGGGCCCAUUUCGAGGUCUACGAACUUCUCUUUGAGCUUCAGGGUUGACAUGGCCAGCUCCAACUCGAAGGCCGCCUUGUUGCAGAAAGAAGCAAGGCAGCAAGAUCCUUACGGUAUAUUUGACACCGAAGAAUCUAUUCCAAGGGACAUAGGGCCUUACAAGAACUUGGUCAUGUUCACUUCUAGUCAUUUGGAUCCCAAAUGCAUCUCCAACUCUAGCUCUGUUCCUUUGCUACAAAGGCUGAGGAUUUUAAUGAACAGUCUCCAGAAAGUAGAUCUGAGAUCGUUGAGUUACCAGCAAAAGCUAGCUUUUUGGAUCAACAUGUACAAUGCUUGUAUCAUGCAUGGAUUUCUCCAAUAUGGAGUGCCUUCUAGCCCUGAAAAACUGCUUGCCCUAAUCAACAAGGCAACGCUCAGCAUUGGAGGAAAUACCAUCAAUGCUCAUGCCAUCGAACAUUUUAUUCUUCGAAAGCCAGAAUCUUCAAUCUUAAAAGAGGUUUACCGCAAGGCAGAUAAAGAAGAUAAAGAAGCAAUGGUUCGCCAGCUUUACGGACUGGAGUCGUUGGAUCCCAACAUCACGUUCGCCCUGUGCUGCGGAACUCGCUCUUCUCCGGCAGUGAGGAUAUACACAGCCGAAGGCGUGGUGGCGGAGCUGGAGAAAUCAAAGCUGGAAUACCUGCAAGCUUCGAUCAUGGUAAUGGUGACCACGAGCACGAAGCGGAUCGCUCUCCCGGAGCUUCUGCUCCGGAACAUGCACGACUUCGCGCCGAACAUCGACUCUUUGCUGGAGUGGCUGUGCCACCAGCUUCCGACGUCUGGCUCGCUCAGAAAAUCCAUGGUGGAUUGCUUUAGAGGCCUCGCCAACGGCAAGGACGUUUCCGCUAUCGUCGAGAAGAUUCCCUAUGAUUUUGAGUUUCAGUAUCUCUUAUCCAUAUAAGCAGUACGUAGCUUAGUUUAGGCCUAUGGCCGGCAUAUAUAUAUAUAUAUAUAUAUAUAUGAUUCUGCUCCUAUUGUUUGAUUGAUUGAACGAAGAGAAAUACUGCAAAUGUUAGUCUGCUUCCUAAUCGGCCACAAACUUGGAAGGAGACCCCAUGAUUCAUUGAC